ACACUGCACUGCUGUACUGAUGGAGGGGGAGUCAGCAAAUACACAGUCUAGUGCCAAAGGCAACGAUACAGGUCACCCUGCAUUUUCCAUAUGGUGGGGUCCAGGUAUGGUUCCAUAAGGAGCUGCCUUUCAAUAUCAGUAUUACACUGAUCAUCAGGGCACUGAUGAUCAGUGUGCUCUGAUGAUCAGUGUAGCCCCAUCAGUGCCACCUGUCAGUGUCCAUCAAUGCCAGCUGUCAGUGCUUAUAGAUGCCACCUGCCAGUGCCACAUCAAUGGCACAUAUCAGUGCCUACCAGUGUACGUCAAUGCCACAUAUCAGUGCCCAUCUGAGCUACCUUUCAGUGCCACCUAUCAAUACCAGUCUGUGCCACCUAUCAGU